AUGGAAGAAAUUUGUGAAGGCGUUCUAUCACAAAAAGGAAAUAUUAAGAUUAAUGUUCAUGGCUAUCUAAUGCUAAAGGAUAUAGCACUUAAGGAUAUAUUUUAUUGUGUUUGUAAAAAAAGGAAGCUAGAAAAUUGUAAAGGUCAAGCAAUAACUACAUUUAUUAAUGAUUCACAUUAUCUUAAAAAAUUUAUUGAACAUCAUUACUUACCUCAAGCUAGUGAUUCAGUUGUAGCAAAAGCUAUUG